UAUACCAAAUAAAUGUAUCAAAAAUACACUGGUCAAAGACACCAAGGUUGCAUGCACUUUCCGUGCAACCUCACUACAUCAUGACAUUCUCUCCGCAGCAAUUUAAUUCACACGUGCCACCCUUUCAUCUUCGACGCCGGAAAUCCCUCACACACACUCACACUCACUGUGUGCCUCACUUCCAUCGCUGGUUUCCAAGUCGACAAUCGCUUUUUCAAUCAUUAAUUAAUAAAUUAAUCCCAUUUAAAUCACAUACUCCCACUGCACUUCGAUCUUUUCAAACCAAUUUCAUACCUGUUUUUUGAAAUUUCCGAUAGUUGAAAUAGUGGUAAUCGGAGUUUGAUCGGAGAUGGGGACGGUCACAUCGUCGAUGGCGGCGAAGUUUGCGUUUUUUCCGCCGAGUCCGCCGUCGUACAGGGUGGUGGUGGACGAAUCUAGCGGUGGGAAGACGUCGAGGAUGACGGAUGUGCCGGAGAGGGAGAACGUCGACGUUUUGAAGCUGAAGACGAAGAGAGGGACGGAGAUUGUGGCGGUGUAUGUUAAGAAUCCGAUGGCGUCGUUGACGGUGCUUUAUUCUCACGGCAACGCUGCUGAUCUGGGUCAGAUGUACGAGUUGUUUUGCGAACUCAGUCUUCAUCUCCGAGUCAACUUGAUGGGGUACGACUACACUGGGUAUGGGCGGUCUUCCGGCAAGCCAACCGAGCACAACACCUAUGCCGACGUAGAAGCUGUGUAUAGAUGUCUUUUAGAGACUUAUGGUGCAAAAGAAGAAGACAUUAUAUUGUACGGCCAAUCCGUUGGCAGUGGACCGACGCUAGAUUUAGCGUCACGUUUAUCGAGAUUAAGGGCGGUUGUUCUUCAUAGCCCGAUCUUGUCGGGACUCAGAGUCAUGUAUCCUGUGAAACGAACAUAUUGGUUCGAUAUAUACAAGAACAUUGACAAGAUAACGUUAGUCCGGUGUCCUGUUUUGGUAAUUCAUGGAACUGCAGAUGAUGUUGUGGAUUGGUCUCAUGGUAAGGAGCUUUGGGAGCUUUGUGUAGAGAAAUAUGAACCAUUAUGGGUGAAAGGUGGGAAUCACUGUGAUUUGGAGCUCUACCCAGAAUACAUAAGACAUCUUAAGAAAUUCAUAUCGGCCGUUGAGAAAUCGGGCCGCUUGAAGAACUUAUCCGGGCCCCUUGUGGAUCAUGGUGAUAAACACCGGGUUAGUACCGAUUGUCGAGAUAAACCGAGACCUAGCACGGAUCGACCCGACCACUCGAGGCCGAGUGUGGACUGUAGAGACAAAUCAAGAUCGAGCGUUGACCGAAGAGAAAAGUCAAAGAAGAACGCGGAGCAACAUGUCGGGAAGUCAACCAAUGCCAUUGACCAACCCGAGAAAGCAAGAAACAGCAUCGACCGGUUUGGAGGUAUGAUGCGUUCGGCGGUCUUGUGCAAUAUCGAUUGUUUCAAGCCAAAUGGAGCAACAGGGGUAGGAAGAUCAUAAUGUCGGUUGUUUCUGGUGGAUAUCGGAGAUGACAGCAACUGUAGUGAAAUUUUCCGGGCGUAUGAGUAAAGAUAGGAUUGCGGGAAAUUACAUGAGUUAUUAUUUACUUGAGAAAUCGAUUGAAGUAGGCGGACCGUGUAGCGUAUUGAUUUGAUCAAACCAAAUAAAUAUUUAUAGCUCUUGCUUCUCUAUGUCAUUAUGAUUGAAUAACAUUCUAAUUUGGUUCUAAAAAA